AUGGCUACUUUCAAUAUCAUCGUUCUUCUCUCGUUCCUCUCCUCCAUCGUCUCCGCUCAUUUCUCCAUCAAGUAUCCUCCACCGCGAGGGAAUUCCUUCCUUCCGCCUGCUUCUCAGUGGGAAUAUCCGUGUGCAAACAUCAACACCACCGAGAACCGUACUCUCUACCCUACCGCUUCCUUCCCCAUCAAUCUUGACUUGCAUCAUCCAUGGACAUAUGUAUUCAUCAAUCUUGGCCUCGGUAUAAACGGUUCCUCCAACCUCAAUAUCUCCCUCACACCCUCCCCCUUAAACACCACCGGAUCCGGCUACCUCUGUCUCUCCGACUUUGAUUUACCCUCCGGCGUCACCCUCGAAGAUGGCAUGAACGCCACAAUCCAAGUUGUUACUAUUGGUGAAAGUGGAAGUGCACUCUACAAUUGCGCAGACAUCACCUUCUCUGGCAACAUCACUGCACUCAAAGCUUCAGAUAACUCAACCCAAUGUCCUACCACCCCCGGCAUCACAGUCACCACACUCACCGAUGCAUCAAACACCACUUCCACAAACACCACAUCUAGUACUUCCGCCACUGGUACUUCGAUUGGAUCGAAAAGUGCCGGUGGUUCUCUAAGUACUAUUGCUGUAUUCCUAGGUGCUUUUUGCGUUGCCGGACUUUCAGUCAUUUAA